CUGACCUCUCUCUCUCUCUUUCUCUCUCUCUCUCUCAAUUCAGAUAUUUUAUAUGGAAUGUUGCCGAUAAACCCUAACUCAAUCCUGCCCCUGCCGAGACCUCCUGCUCUCCCGCUCCGCGCUCCAAUCUCAGCCUUCCGCGUGCGCGCCGCCGUCGGCGACGCGUCCUCGCGCUCGUGGUUCAGCUUUCCGACCUCUUUGGACGCCGGCGGCGGCCGAAACACAGCGGAUAAUGUCGGGUCAGUCUCUUCCAGUGACAGCAAUAAGCAUUCGAAAAUCAAGGCCAAGGAGAAAUGGUCGAGGAAUCGCGAGAGCUACCUUACCGACGACGACGAGCCUUUGCCUCUUCCGAUGACGUACCCCAAUUCAUCUCCCGUUUCGCUUGAGGAAAUCGACAAGAGGCUCAAUUGCGAUCCUGAAAUAAUGGAUUGCAAGCCAAUGGUCUAUGAAUGGACCGGAAAAUGUCGUAGUUGUCAAGGGACAGGAUUGGUCAGCUAUUAUAACAAGAAAGGAAAAGAGACCAUCUGCAAAUGCAUUCCUUGCCUUGGCAUUGGAUAUGUGCAGAAAAUAACAGCUCGCACAGAAAUUGAUGUGAUGGAGGACUUGGAUAACGGGAAGCCCCCGUGAUUUGCAUAUGCACUCGUUUCAUUAGUUAUUUUUGGUGCUCAGGGUGCAUUCUUGGAAAAAUUAUUACUUUGUUUCCGGGUAUAGUCUAGCAACUCUGUGGAAAGAGGCUGGAAAGUGAGAUGUGAUCUUCUUAGCCCAUUUUAUAGUUCCAUGCUUUUUAACAUUCUGCUGUAAGAUCUUCAUUUACUUAAAAUCAACCUUGUUUUCGGAUUAGAAUGUUGAUAAUUCCCUACUCAAAUUCCACAUGGAUUUUUGGAAUUCACAUGUAUAAAAAAAUUGAAUUUGGCACUAAUCGAAAAUACUAUUUAUUUAUCAUAUUUAUGUUUUUUGAAAUA